UGUGUGAGGUCGUUAGCUGCAUUAAGACACCUGUCCACCCCAUAUAAUCAGUAAGACUCAAACUUGUAACAUGGCCAAGACUAAAGAGCUGUCCAAAGACACCAGAGACAAAAUUGUACAACUCCACAUUGCUGGAAAGGGCUACGUAGAAAUUGCCAAGAUGCUUGGUGAAAAAAGGUGGGACAACUUGCACUAUAGCAGGGUGUUCAAAUACUUGCUUUCUUCACUGUACAUGUGCUCUUGUACAACAAAACUCGAGGUUAGUACGAUUUUUACCAGCCGGAAAAAUAUUGUCAGAUAUACUAGUUAGACAUUUAUUAAAUGGGACAAAAAAGGAAGGAAAGACACCAGUUCAAGUUUGACAACUCGCGAGGAGAGAUGAGAGGAAUUGUCUCGUACAAUUCACCACUGGAUUCUGAUUUUCCUCUCUUCGCCACCUUUAGUUACAUAUUUGGUUUCAAAUGCCCCUUAUUUACAUGGAUGUUACAAAAAGGAGACGGGAGCAAAACAUCGUUGGAAACAAAGUGUAUUUGUUCAUGUGCGUGUGUGUAUGUGCAUGUGUGUGGAAGAUUGCUGAGUACAUGUGUGGUCAAGUUUGUAAUUUUCUUUAACAGACAUCAAGUGCUCCUGGUUCAAACAGAUUAGCUGUUCUUGUUCCUAUGCUAUUUCCUGUUAAGCGGCUGGCAUGUGACCUAAAGCAGAGCAAAACAUUUCUUCAUUGCAAGCAGAUAUAUGAUAAAUAUAUUCACAAUUAUUCUUUCAAAUAUACAGUAUUAUAUUUGUUUAUUUAUUAUGACCAUAAUACUUUUUGCCAAUUGGAAUAUAAAUGAAUGUAAUUCAUUAUGAAAGACACGCGAGUCAUUUUGCAUUUUGCCUACUUUGUGAACUGAUUGAACUGGAUGACUUCACAAAGAUGGAUUGUUUCACAAAAUUUUUGACAUUUUCAUUUGAAAAUCCUUGUUUCAUGAAAAUUUCUCUCUAUAAGAAGUGAUAUUUCAACAUGGAAUGGGUCUGACCUUGAGCAGCUCGACAAUGAUACAGAAAAAACAACCACAGAAAAUGGACAAAAGGCUAGAUUGAUGCAGAAGUGUGCAGUUCUGAGUAAACUGCAGGUUGUGAGCGGAAUGUCCGUGGAUGAGAAACCUGAAGCCCCCAUGUAUGUGUAUGAGUCAACAGUUCAUUGUACCAAUAUCCUCCUCUGCCUUAAUGACCAGCGGAAUCAGGACAUCCUGUGCGAUGUGACAGUCCUAGUGGAGGGCAAGGAGUUUCGCGGGCAUCGGGCCGUGCUGGCUGCCUGCAGCGAGUAUUUCCUUCAGGUGUUAGUUGGUCAGGCAGAGAAUGGCUUCAAGGUCAGCCUUCCUGAAGAGGUCACUGCUAGAGGAUUUGCCCCAUUGUUGCAGUUUGCCUACACUGCCAAGCUAUUGCUCAGCAAAGAAAACAUUCAAGAGGUCAUCCACUGUGCCGAAUUCCUACGCAUGCACAACUUAGAGGAUUCAUGCUUUCGUUUUCUGGAGGCUCAGUUGUGUAGUGAGGACAGCUUGCUGCACAAUGUGGCGUCUGAAGCUAUGAACUCGGAGAAUGAAAGCGUGCAGUCAGUAACUGAAAGGUCCUCCUCCCCAAGUAUUCAAUGUGCUGAUGGUCUUGCCUCCUUUCAAUGUCCAGGUGAGGAUCCCCCAGCAAUGACUUUACCAAGUAACUUCCCAGAUGGUAGAUUGAACUUUGAUCGACAUAGAGGAUCAGACCUGCCACGAUGCCCUAAGUACAGGAAAUACCAGUGGGCUUGCAACAAGCACAAUAAUGAUUUGUCCUCACACACCAGUACCUCAGGUUUUCCUCGCACAAUAAAAGAGAGGACCAUUGGUGAGGGAUUAUCAGGUCAGGACAGGAUGUCUUUGACACAGAUCAAAGUUGAACCACAAGCAGAGGAUGAGGCCGUCUCAUUGUGCCUCUCGGGGGAAGAGCAGGACAUUGGGGAUAAGGAUAGUGAGUCAGCAAUGGAGAUGGAUAAUCCCAUGUCUACAGAACUACUCAAGAGAACCAAGUCAGCUUCCUGUGUCCAAGCCUUAUUUAAAAAGGGAGUGGAUCCCUCCAAUACAUCACAGCAGCUUUUUGCCAACAGGGUUGUAUGCCCCCAGGACAAGUGUAACUCUCAGGAUAAUAAAAAAGACUUCAGAGCUUUCACUGGGGAGUUCAGUUUCUCUUUGAUAUCCCCAAAGAACAAAGACAAUUUUACUGCAGGUCUAUCACUUAAAUCCACAUCCUGUGAUGAAAUCUGCAAACAAGAAAUUGAGCUUGAUCGACAAAGUGUCAUAUUUUCCUCAGGAGCCUGCAAUCGUCUUGUAACCCCAGCACAUUCCUACCCUGGUGGGAAUUCUUUUCAGAUGGAGCUUUCUGAGCACUUGCCAAAGGGAAUAUGUCCUUCAGCCAGUCAGUCGCUUCCAACCUCCCAGGGCUAUUCUCCCAGUGCCACUUCUGUUGAUCCUCCAAUACUAUUCCGCCCACAACCAAACACCAGCUGCCCUGUUCCAAUAAAAGUUUGCCCACGCUCACCACCUUGUGAGACACGCACCAGGACAUCCAGCUCCUGUUCGUCACACUCAUAUGCAGAGGAUGGGAGUGGAGGUUCUCCGUGCAGCUUGCCUCAGUUUGAGUUUUCUUCCUCACCUUGCUCCAACAUAGCCCGCUGCCUCAAUGUGGAACAGCAGGAAAAAAGUGUAAGGGGUGUCAUUUUUGACCAGGGACAACCCAAGAUAAAAUGUGAACAGACCUAUGGCACAAAUUCCAGUGAUGAGUCAGGUUCAUUUUCAGAGGGAGACAGUGAGUCCUGCGCUGUACAAGAGCGUGGCCCAGAGGUGAAGCUUCCUUUCCCUGUUGAUCAAAUCACGAAUCUUCCACGGAAUGACUUCCAAUUGUUGGUGAAAAUGCACAAGCUGACCUCAGAGCAGCUCGAGUUCAUCCAUGAUGUGAGGCGAAGGAGUAAGAACCGCAUUGCUGCACAACGUUGCCGCAAAAGAAAACUCGACUGUAUCUUGAAUCUCGAGUGUGAGAUCAGAAAACUGGUGUGUGAAAAGGAGAAGCUUCUUACGGAAAGGAACCAACUGAAGGCUUGUAUGGGAGAACUAUGGGAGAACUUCUCCUGUCUUUCCCAAGAGGUAUGCAGGGAUGUCCAGCUAAGUCCUGAGCAGGUUCAGUCAUUGCACCACUACUGCCCAGUCCUACGACCUACAAAUUCCACUGCCAGCAAUCACGCUGCCUACGAUCCCAAGCCUUCUAACAGACUUAAUACCACCAGCAACAAUUUCACUGUCUGUUUGGACUCUGCCACGCCUGAAACAAACAUUCCUGGUUCUCCUGGCCCUUUUGAAAUCAAGGAAAACGAAGAUUUGGACAGGCAAUACAUCAAGUUGUACACAAAUCCAGGGCUGACCAUGGAAAAAUACAAUAAUCAGACAGUAACGGUUGAUUUUUGCCAGGAAAUGACAGAAAAAUGUACAACUGAUGAACAGCCCCGGAAUGACUCUACAAAGUAAUGGUGUUUUGUUUUUGGUUUUUACUGUGUUUUUUUUUUUAAAUUAUUAUUUAAAUAUACUCUUGACAAACCUUCUGUCAGGGUUCCUUUUACCUAGCUCAUACCAGUGUUCAUGAAAAAACAAUAUAUGUAUACGUAUUUGGGUUUUGCUUUUGGGUGAACACUUGACACUUAAGUUGUUCCUAGUAGUAGAACUACUGUUCACAAGGUAUUCUCUCUCCUAAAGUGGGAGCUUCUCACUAAUGGUGCUAUAUUGCCCCAUCAGCAACAUGAGGGUGGAGGUGGGUAUGUGUCUUCACAUGUCAUCCAAACACAAAGGCACACAAAGAGGAACUUCAUUGGGGGAAAAGAAAUCUUUCUAUUUUAGAAGACUAUCCACAGCUCUUUGCCUUUUUUUUACGUUCCCCUUCGCUCUCUCAAUCUGGCUCCAUUUGUCUUCACUACCUCUCUGGCUCUUGUGUUUUUUUUCUCCUUUUUUUGUCUGUGACCUUUUCAUCUACAGCUAUUCAAAUCUCAGGAAAGAAACACUGAAUGUUUUAACAUAAUUCAUGAAAAAUUAAAAUACAGAUUUUAUACAUGCAGAAGUCAUGGAAUUAGACUGUAAAAUUGUUAUGCAAAAAUGUCUUUUAUUUGUAUUUCUGUCAAGGUUGUAACUGAUAACAUUCCUUUUUUUUGCCUUCUUAAGCGAUCAAUGAAAAGUUUUUGCUGGCACAUACAUAAUUUCUCUUGCUAACCAGCAGUACAUUGUUUGGAUGUUUACUUUGUGCUCAUUUGACAAAAUGUAUAUAGUGUGAAGCAUGAUUAUUGUAUCAGUGAUUUAGAUUAGUGUUUUGUUUGGGGGUUUUUUUCCCCACCAAGGAUGCAGAGGGCAUCUUAUUGCUGAGGGAAAAUCUUUGCAGUCUCACAUACAGUGCUGUGAAAAGCUGUUUGCCCAAAUAAGGUUAUCAAACAAAAAUAAUCCAGGUGAUUUUAUUUACUAGGAGAAAUCAAUUUGAAUGAGCUGUAGCUAAUCACAUUUCGUAGAACGCUGAAUUCAUUUUCGCUGACCACACCCGAGCCCAAUUCCCUCCAGACCUGUUCAAUCAAGAAAUCACACAAUUAGCACCUAAAGAACUGCAGACCCCCCUUGCUUCCAUUAAUGUCAGUUUUUAUGGCACAGCAAUUAGAAAAAGACUGGGCAAAUUUUUCCAUUUUCCGAGCCCCUUAAUUUACGAGGGUCGCAGGAGUGGUAGAGCCAAUCCCAGCUGUCAUGGGCAGGAGGCACGGUACACCCAGAACUGGUUGCCAGGCAAUUACAGGACACAUGGAGACAGACAACAGUUGCACUUACAAUCACACCUAGGGGCAAUUUAGAGUUUCCAAUUAAUGCAUGGUUUGAGGACAUGGGAGGAAACUGUAGUGCCUGGGAAAACCCACGCAGGUACGGGGAGAACAUGCAAACUCCACAUUCAACGCACUACAGCUGCGCAAGAGUGGCGCCCCAAUCGAUCGAUCGAAUCAACAAAAUUGCAUUUGAUCCCCACGCCACAACUUAGAUGAAAGUUGAAGGUAGAACUAAUAGAACUAAUAUUUGAUUUAUAUCCACCAUCCAUCUUCUACCGCUUUUCCAGCCACCAAGCAAAAAUCAGUGUUGGCCAAAAAGAUCUUAUCAUUUUUUUUUUUGGGGGGGGGGGGGGUUGACUGAUGCAUUCAUUCAUCUUUCGUCCCGCUGAUCUUUACUUGAGUCGCCGGUGUGCUAAGUCAGCUAAUCCUAGCUAACUGGGCGAGAGGCGGGGUACACCCUGAACUUGAACUUAGAUCUGAACAAAUAAUCAUUGAUUCCCAAGAAUUUGGGGAGAAUAUUAUAUGGACUGCUGAGACAAAACCCAAAAAGCAAUUCAACUUCUAAAUGGGUUACGUUUAGAGUGGCAAUUACGUUUUCACACAGGUUCAGGUAGCUUUGAAUAGUUUAUUGUAAUUAAUAAAAUAACCAUUUUACAAAGUGCAUUUUAGGUUUACCUGCAUUAUCUCUGUAUGACAGUUACACUUAAUUGAUGGUCUGAUUAAUACGUGGGGAAAUGGCAAAAAAACGGCUAAUACGGUACUUUUUCACGGCACUGUAGCAAAUACCACAACCCACCCCCCAACAUUGUGGGUGCUCUUAAUUCUCAGGAAAUCAGCGUCACAGACAUUUACAUGCAUAACGAUACACAAACAUUUCUUGACACAAGCAUGUCAAAAGGUAAGCUAAAUGUGUCCAAAUACAGUGAAGAAAGAAACUGUUUCAACACCCUGCUAUAUUGCAAGUUCUCCCACUUAGAAAUCAUGGAGGGGUCUGAAAUUUUUAUCGUAGGUGCAUUUCCACUGUGAGAGAGAUAAUCUAAAAUGAAAAAUCCAGAAAUCACAGUGUAUGAUUUUUUUAACGAUUUAUUUGUGUGAUGUAGCUGAAAAUAAAUAUUUGAACACCUGUCUAUCAGCUAGAAUUCUGACCCUCAAAGACCUGUUAGUCCGCCUUUAAAAGUCAUUUGCUGCAUAAGGAAACCUGCUCAGCCCAUACAAUCAGUAAGACUCAAACUCGUAACAUGGCCAAGCCCAAAGAGCUGUUCAAAGACACCAGAGACAAAAUUGUAUUACUUCACACAGCUGGAAAGGGCUACGGAGAAAUUGCCAAACAGCUUGGUGAAAAAAGGUUCAGUGUUGGAGCUUUCAUUAGAAAAUGGAAGAAGCUAAACGUGACGGUCAAUCUCAAUCGGAGUGGAGCCCCAUGCAAGAUAUCACCAUGUGGGGUCUCAAUGUUCCUGAGAAAGAUGAGGAAUCACCCCAGGACUAUACAGUAGGACUUGGUCAAUGACCUGCAAAGAGCUGGGACCAUCGUUUCCAAGGUGACUGCUGGUAAUAAACUAAGAUGUCAUGGUUUGAAGUCAUGCAUGGCACGGAAGGUUCCCCUGCUUAAACCAGCACAUGUCAAGUCCCAUCUUAAAUUUGCCAAUGACCAUUUGGAUGAUACAGGGGAGUGAUGGGACAAGAUUUUGUGGUCAGAUUAGACCAUAAUUUAACUUUUUGGUCAUAAUUCCUAUAAUUGUGUUUGGAGGAAGACGAAUGAUGACCUCCAUCCCAAGAACACCAUCCCAACUGUGUGACUGCGGCCAUGUAUUGUGAGAUUUUGGGGAACGACCUCUUUCCCUCAGUCAGAGCAUUGAAGAUGGGUUGUGGCUGGGUCUUUCAACGUGACAAUGACCCAAAGCACACAGCCAGGAAAACCAAGGAGUGGCUCUGUAAGAAGCAUAUCGGUUCUGGCGUGACCGAGUCAGUCUCCAGACCUAAACCCAAUCGAAAAUCUUUGGAGGGAGCUGAAACUCCUUGUUUGUCAGUGACAGCCCAGAAAGCUGUCUGAUCUAAAGAAGAUCUGCGUGUAGGAGUGGGCCAAAAUCCCUCCUGCCGUGUAUGCAAACCUGGUGAACAACUACAGGAACCGUUUGACCUUUGUAAUUGCAAACAAAGGCUACUAUACCAAAUAUUAACAUUGGUUUUCUCGGGUGUUCAAAUACUUAUUUGCAGCUGUAUCACACAAAUAAAUCGGUAAAAAAAUCAUACAUUGUGAUUUCUAGAUUUUUCUUUUUAGGUUAUCUCUCAUAGUGGACAAUGCACCUACGAUGAAAAUUUCAGAAGCCUCUAUGAUUUCUAAGUGGGAGAACUUGCAAUAUAGCAGGGUGUUCAAAUACUUUAUUUCUUCACUGUACCUGGAUCCUAAAUAUAUGUUUUCAAUUUCUUCCCUUUUCAAUAGUGAAAGUGAAAAAGGUUAUGAGGCUUGAGGAAAGAGGUUUUGUUUUUUAUUGCAUGUUUUUCUUACCAUUCUAUGAAGAAACUAUUUGGAUAUGUUUUGUUUCAGAUCACAUUAAUCCUAAAUGUAUGAGUGUUUUGGGGUCACAAUAAAGUGGGAGUUUUCCGAGAACUAAGAUGUACUAUAAGAAAACGAAAGUUGUAAUUUUACAAGAACAAACUUACAAUAUUAUGAGCAAAAAAUAACCAUUGCAGGACUUGAGUAUCUGGUUAAGUUUAACUGCAAUAACUUUAAUGACUUUAAUGAAACUGUUUCACACAUCAGUACAAUCAUUAGCGUGACAAGUUUAAUGUGAUGGUACAAAUUUUUAAGUUGGAAAAACUACCUAGACUAUCACUUUUUAUUGCAUCUGUUUGAUAAAAUUUUAAUUACUGCCUCAUUUGCUAAAAUGUUUGACUUCAUUCUUAUAACAUUUUUUUUCAUUUCCUUUUUUUCCUUUUUUAACUCUGUUUUUAUUCAGUGUGGCCCUAAUACUCAUUCAAAUGCAUGGAAUAAACACACAUUGAUGAGGGAAAAAAACAGGUAAUCAAUAAUUCAGGCAGUUUUUCAGAUCCCUGGCUCUAAAAAGAUUUGCCCACUUCAGUGAGAAGCUUUCUCUAACUUUCAGAUUAUCUAUAAUUUUAAAAAAUAUGGGGACACUUCCAGGAAAUAGCUCCUUCUAAACUACAAGUCGAAACAUCAUUAAAACAUGUUAACAACACCCAUCAUUCCCAUUAUUUCUCCUUGUUCAGGAAUGUAACAAUUCUUAUUCUAAUGUGUAUGUGAUGUUUUAAAAUAUAUUUUGUUCAAGCAGGAACGCUUCCUAUCAAGCCGAUUUGGAAGUGAAAUAAUUGUUGGAUCCACGUUAAAAGCUGGAAGCAGUGAAUUAAAAUUUACCUUUGGAAGAGAAACCACCAAUAAACAUUUCCAAAAGGAUGAAUAAUGUGCAUGGGAUUGUUUGAUAUCGUCAAUAGUGACUGUAUGAUCAUCUCUGAACAGUGCUACAGGAUUAACCACUGAAGAUGGUCUGCCGCUCCCUUGCUUGUCAUGGGAGUCACUCAAAGCAGGCUCUCGUUCUUCAUCUUUGAGUCUAGAGAGCCAUUUUUUGACUUUGCUUUAGCCUAUUGCGGCUUCCACGUACCUGUUUUACAGCCAUAUGAAAAAGUUUCGGUUCCUCUUCCAAAUAUAGAAAUUCAAUCUCAGUUCUCUGCUUCCGACAGUCAUCCAAAAAUUACAUUUCCAAAAUGGCUGACAGGAAGCAGACAGCCUUAAACAAAACUUUUUUAAAUAAACGUUCAAACAAUUAUUAAUCCAAUUAGUAGUAGAUAAAAAUGAGGUUCAGUCAGUUAUGAGGCCAAUUGAAUUUGACCUAGGAUUCACAGCUACAAAGCAUACAAUGUGUAAUUAGAGACAUGUUCUUCGGUGUUUUACAUAACAGUAUCACAAAUAGAUAAACUUUUUAGAAACACACAAUGUGGAACAUAUUUACUCCCACUUGAUUGUUGCAUUUAAUUUCCCUUCUUUUGGGGUGUCAGAUUUUGGAGUGUCAUUCUCCGUAAUUGCAUUCCCACCUGUGCAGUCCUGGAACAGAAAAAGUCCUUCACCAAACUCCUCCAACAGAGAUGGUGUAAGCAUAAAAUUAGCCAAACUCCAGAUUCAUUAUUGAACUGUAUCUCAAUAAUGAUGUCGUUCCGAAGUGUUAAAUUACUUGUCAUCUAUUGGGCAAAGAAAAGAAACUGAAGUCUAUUUGGAAAUAAAAACAAGCCCAAGUCACCCCUGACCAAGUAUUAUGUCUGUAGAAAUUUCUUUAUAGGCACUUUCUCAUUUGUGGUCCCGCACACUCGUGAAUUUUGCUCUCAAAGUUUUUUUUUUUUUCCAGAAUGUACCGUAUUUUCAUGACCAUAAAGUGCACUUAAAAGUCAGAAAUUUUUGCAUAAAUUGACGGGUUGUCUUAUCACACGGUGCACCUUAUUCCAUAGUUACCAUGCAUGCUAGUGUGUGUCUUAGCGUGCAUGCAUAUAUGAUGGCGCUCAUAAGGCAGUGAGGAACAAAUGCAAUUUUACAUGUGUAAGUAGAAGAAGCUUAUAUUUACCUUGACACUGACAGUGUAGGCAAGGCAUUAGUCGACAUUGUUUACACUCACAGCGUCAUAUUGAAACUAAUAUGAUCACACCAUAGCAAACAGAAUAGCUUAACUAUCAAAUUAUACAACAAAUAAAAAUGACUGAAGAAAUAAUUGACACAAAUCAUGCCCUUUAAAUGUUAUUUACAUCCUUAGUGCCGCAAAGCAUUGUGAGAGCAUGCUGGGAGGCUCUCUGCUGAGGUGUGAUCAUUUUCGUUUUAAUAUGAAACCCUGAGUGUAAGCGUUAGUGUAAGCCUCUUCUGCUUACAUAUGUAUUCUUCUCUUCCUUUUGGCUUGUCCCAAUAGGGGUUGCAACAGCGUGUCAACUUAGAUGAACGCAUAUUUGUUUGGCACAGUUUUACGCCAGUUGCCCUUCCUGCUUAAAUUUGUAAAAUUGCAAAUAUUUCUUACUGCCUCGUGAGCCCCACCAUGUGGUAGCAUACAUAGAUAAAUGCUAACCCAUGUUUGUUUGCAUGCUAUCUAUGUAACCAUCAUGUUUGGUUGUACUUUUAAGUACUGUAGCCACACGAAAAAUAUUUACAGAUUUUGGAACUCGGUGCACACAUAGCACGCUGUCCACUUUGGAGAAAAUGUAACACUUUUAAGGACGCCUUAUGGUCACGAAAAAUAUGGCAUUUAUCAUACAUUGGGUUUUUUUUUUUAACACAUUAUCAAGUUCAUCGAUUUUCGGGAUUCGGGGUGGGGGUGAGGGACAUAACCCCCCAAAUAAUGAGGGAACCCUGAAUUAUAGAUUUCAGUUUCAGAUGUGUUUUUACAGAUUAGGCUGUGGCUGUCUAUACUCAAUUCAGUUAGUCUCCCCAUCUGGUAAACCUCUUAAAAGCUGGUCCAUUUUUCUAGGAAUCAAAGAAACGGACAGUAUUUCAUUCACUGAAUUCACACACUGAAUUUGCUGUGGCACUGUCUCAAUUUACUGCAUUGGUGAUUCUGCAAUAUUUUGACAGGUGUUUACUGGUUUGCGUAAGCAUGGACUGUUUUUGCAGUUAUGUAACUCUCUAAAAUGUAUUUUUAUUUACAUGAACUGCAUAAGUGUUUAAAAUUUAAGGUCUUCAGACUUGAAAGUUAGCCUUUGGACAGCUUCAUCACAUACUUCAAAAUUGAUCAUUGUAACACUUGCUUUUGACUUCACUGGAGGUCAUUCCAAGAUUUUUGUUGCCUAUACAGUAAGUAGAUUAUUCAGGUAGCAUCUCACAGUGACAAAGAACUAUUACCAUGAAAAAAAAAUGAAACUGUUAACUUUCAGGGUUUUAGAAUCUGUUUUUAGAAUUUGGCUUUUUGUGGGGGUGGGGAGGGGUGUUAUCUCAUUAAAAUUAUAAAUCAUGUCUCUGAAUUUGAUAAUUAAUCAAUGCAAUAAUUGAAUUAAGAAUAGGUUUCUGAUACAGAAGUUCCUCCGAAAAGCAUUUUUGCCAGGUUAAGUCAAACUCCAUUUCAGUGAUGUCCUUGAUGUAAGCAGAAAUCUCCCCUGCAUGGGCAUUUCUGAAGCCUUUGGCUCUGUAUAUAGACCUGAUCAGGUCUUAUAGUGACCGAAGUUAUUGGUUCAAAUCCCAGCUACAACUGCCCAAAGAUCGAAGUGUCCUUAAUCAAGACACUGAACCCUUGUUUGCUCUCUCUGACCCGAGCAGCACCUUGGAUGGCAGAAUUCGCCCAGUGGUGUAUGAAUGUUAGUGGGUUCAUGUAAGGCUUUGUAAAACACCUUGGGUACUGUGAUGGUGUACCUAAACCACUAUUAAGUGCAGUCCAUGAACCAUUUUUACCAUUUAAAUCCAAAAUUUUAUAGCGGACGAAGAAAAAACACCUUUUUGAUGAAAAAAAAAAAAAGAACAAUAAUCUACAAUCCUUGUUUGAUGGAUAUGGUAUGGCUAUAGAGAAAUGUUUACAGUACUGGGUUUCAAAUAGUUUGGGGUUUUUAGAGGAAAAAUUGCUUGAUUAAAUUUGAUAGGUUUUCAAAUUUUGCGUGAAGAGACGAACAAUGGGUUGCCUUGUCUUUCUUUAUGGGAUGGGUCAGCAGGGUUCGAUAUGUGGAUAUACUAUAAGUGCGCCGCCAAUAUACAGCAGAAAAUGCCUUAAAACCUUCAGAGGCUAUAAUUCACAUUCAAGUGAAGUGAGUGUAUGCAGGGUCUUAGCCCCACCCUCAAGUUACCAGUGCAACUUUCUCAUACUGACCUACCUGUGAAAUGAUUAAUACCUCUCAGAACUGGUUACUGACUGUAUCAACAAAUUGCAUCAGGUGUUUUACUACAUGGUUUUUAAUUAAAUUAUAUCGACUGUUGUUUACUAGCAUGUUCUGGUGUAUCAUUUAUUGUAAAAUGUUAAAAUUACAGUGUCAUUUUUCUAGUUUUGUGUUACUGGUGUCCAUUUGAAAAGGCCCUAAUUUGCUUAUUCUCCAAGUUGUGUUUAAAUUUUAUAAUGCUAAAUGCUGUCACAAUUUAAAAACAUUGUAAAUACAUUGUGAAACCACCUCUUGAAUUCAUUUUAAUUAGCAGUGUUGUAUAAAUAGUACUGUAGCUUUUCUAUCCACCCUUUUGCUUGAUGAAAUAAACAUGCAUAUCACUGAGUUUUUUUACACAAGUUUA